AUGUCCGAAAUUCAGAGAUGGACGGUCAACGAGCCGUACCUGGAUAUCCCGGGUACAUUGCUCGAGGGGCCGUAUCACGAUGUGGCUAACAAUGAAUUCCGCUUCGUGGAUAUCUGGGAUCACAAACUAUACCGUGUUGAUCUCGCCAAGGGAGCUGAGUCUCUGAGUGUGGUCGAUACCGAAGAAGCUGUUGGCGUGACCGCCAAUGUUCAGGGAUCUGAGAGUCAGCUGAUUGUUGGGGCCAAACAAGGAUUCGCUCGGCUGGACCGAACCACCGGAAAACUAUCCUACAUUCGAAAGGUCUGGGAGGAUGAAGGACAAGUGGAGAGAAUGCGUUUCAACGACGGCGCCGUCGACAGCCACGGCCGGUUCUGGGCCGGAGCAAUGAAUGAUCCAAAAGUCAAGAAGAUCGAAGCAGAAGGCGUCCUCUUCAGACUGGACCCAGACCAAAGCGUGCAUCGCAUGCUGGCGCCAGUGACAAUCCCCAACGGGAUAGGAUGGAAUCUUACCAACGACGUGAUGUACUUUACUGACUCGACAACGGGCAAGAUCUUUGCCUUUGAUUUCGAUGCCUCUACCGGUGCAAUCAGCAACCAGCGUGUGCACUUUGAUAUCGGCGAUGGGACGGAUCCCGAUGGCUUCGCUAUUGAUGUUGAGGGGUGCAUCUGGAGUGCUGUCUACGGUGGCGCGAAGGUGGUGCGUAUCUCCCCUGCCGGAGAGGUUAUCGGUCAGAUUGACCUGCCGACGCGGAACGUGACCUGUCCAACUUUUGUUGGUACGGAGUUGUUCAUCACCACUGCCAAGGAUGAUCGUAAUGAUGAACGGUUGCCGCAGUCGGUGAGGUAUGGGGGCCGGGUUUACAGGGUUGACGUUGGGAUCCGAGGCAUGCCUAAGCAUGAGUUUCGGUUUCAGGACUAG